AUGUCUCAUCAUCGAGCUCUGCAGCUGCAUGAAGUCCUCACGCUCAUAUUUGAGCACAUCCACCCAGGUGGGAAGGACGAAGACUCCCUUCGCGUCGUGGACCGAUUCGACAAUUACUCGGCCCUUGCUCGUUCGGCACAGGUCUGCAAGACGUUCUCUGAACCAGCUCUGCAAGUGCUGUGGACGAGCAUACCGACCUUCGCGAUACUCGUCCGACUUCUGUCGUGUUGCCACCGCACAGAGCUAGAAAUUCUGAACGACAAUGGAUUUUGGGCCAGGCCGCCACGCUACGCUUAUGUCCUACGAGGACGCAUACAGCCUGCCGAAUGGGCACGUUUUCAAUACUACACUCGCUUUGUACGCCGAUGCCGCGAAGACCCUGACACAGCUGUCAUCGAUCCUUCAGUCUACGCCUAUCUCUUCCGAUACAAUGAUGCCAAGCCUCUGUUCGCAGGGCUUCAACAUGUUCAUUUUUCACAGGAGCAUGCGAACGACACUUCCCUACUCGCCUUCCUUACUCCUUCGUUACACCACCUCACCUUCCAAAUUCUCACUAUCGAGGACCAGAAGCACGGCAUUGACCCACUCGUCACGGACUAUGCCCUCGAGACACUACUCAGCGAGGUCGUUUCUACUGCUACAAGCCUGGAGGAGCUAACCCUCGUCGGGGUGCGCCACUGGCAGUCCGUGGCACCAUUGGUCAAUUGUCAAGAGCUCCAGCACUUGAGCCUCUACGAUACUUCACCAAUUGGGAAGUCAAUGAGGGAUGUUCUAUCGAUCCUGACACACAUCCCUCGGCUACGCAGCCUAGAGAUUCAAUGCAAUAGGGCAAUGUGUUCUCAAGACCAUCGAGGAGGCCGACUUUGCUUUCCACACCUCACGAAGUUGGUUGCUGGUGGGUUUGAGGAUAGUGUAGGCCUGCUCUUUGCCAACACCACUCUUCCCCGACUCCAAACUCUCCGUCUCGCACUGGAGUUUAGGGAGCAAGAAAGCAUCAUCGGGCGUUUUAUUCGGGAUUCCAACCUGGCUGACAUCGCACCAGAGUUGCGUAGCUUGUGCUUUACAACUCGCUCAUGGAGUCCCACAGCCACCCCUGAGGGUGCCAUCUCGCUGCUCGACCUCUUCAAGCCUCUGCUCGCUCUCAAGCAGAUCCACGAGUUCAUGUUCAGUCCGAGGCUGAUCCGUCCACAUUUUUCGGAUGAUGAUGCCUGUCAGAUUACGGAGGCCUGGCCGAAACUCCGGAAAUUUUGGUUGGAGAUUGCACCGUCAUCCGUUCGUCCAUCGCUUCACACCCUCCUCCUCUUCGCGCAGAACUGUCCCGACCUCGAAAAACUUUCCAUACCUUCGAUCCGUCACAUUGGCGACCUUCCCGAAACUACUGCACUCCAUUCACACCGCCUCGUGACGCUGGACGUGUACAUUCAUGGAGUCGAUAGAGAGCGGCUGAAUCACUUUCUGUCCUCGUUGUUCCCGCUUGCUCGGAAGGUGAUGCAGGAGCGAGAUUUGUCCACCCUCACAAUGGCAUUACUUAACGGAGAGGAAAUUCCCGAGUAG